UUAGCAAAACGCAACAACACGAAGCGAAGCAACUCAAGACAACUCAAGUUUUUGAAGUUCGAAACGAAGCUUUGGGAGAGUGUGAUCUUUACAGAAAAUAGUGUAAUUACUUACGUACGAAAGUGCAAGUGUAGUUGGUUUGGAUUGAGGGAGAAAAGGUACACUUUGCCAGUGGUGUAGGGCGCAAAAAGAAAAGUUUUUAUCGUUCGUUGGAGGGAAAAAUAAAGAAAGUGACUGGAAAGUGAUUGGUGGUUGUUGGUAGAAAGACAAACAGAAAGGAAAACCGCCAGGCGGAAAACAGUAGUGGAAGUUUUUGAAGUUCGGACAAAGGAAACUAGUGAAUAUUUUACCGACACAACUUCCCGGCCAAGUGAGGAUCAGUUAACAGACAAUGGCGCACGGUACAAGAGUUACUUUUUGCGUGGCACUGAUGGCGACAACCUUGCUGUCACUUUGUUCCGGUUCCGCCAUUCCCAUGUGGGAAUACCUGAGUCGGAGUGAAAAGAUGUCACACCUGUACUCGAUGUUUGCCAAACAGGUCUCCAGCUAUUGCAAAGGCUCGCAAGAUAUGCCAACCAAUCUGUGCAAGCGGAAUUUGCUGAUGUACGGUAUCAACAAGCUGCAGGACAUGAACGAGUCCCACUUGGACUCGAUGGACCCCUACCAGCGGGAUGCCCAUGAUAUAAUCUGGGAUGCCAUGAUGGACGGCCACACUAAGAACGGCAAAAAGAAGAACCAACCAUCGACGGAGGCACCGGCUCAGAUUGUCAGCGAUCAGUACGAGCAUAAUCCACUGUUUGAUGAGCCCUCUUCGCAACAGAAUCGCAAGCAGGACUCGCAGUCUGUAAGUCAAUAUGGAUCCGAAUACGACUACAGCAAUGCUGCCUCGGCCCCGGAUGCACAAUACGCCGAACCACAGAACUAUCUACCCUUCAACGCUGGCCUUUCCCUUGAUCGGUAUCAGUACCAGGCGUCCGCUUCAAGCCACUUUGACAACCUAGCCCCGGUUGAACAAAACACAAACUUCCUGUCCGGUCCGAUGGUGGUACGUUUGCUGCCCGAUGGAACUCCGGUUGAUGGACCUCACCACAAGACCAUGCCGAAGGAUGAUGACAUCAAGGAAAUGACUAUCGGACAGGAAAAAAUGCCAACUUUCCAGCAGAUCUACACAAAUCUGAAGCACAACGAGGACGCCCACGAUCAUCAUGGUUUACCGGCGUCAACAACCGCAGCCCCACUCUCCGCUACCGGUUUCAUAAGCUCCUAUCGGACGCAGAGCAGGCUGCAGAAUUAAAUGCUUGGUUUCCGCCUGCUCGCCGGAGGCGGCGGCAUUCAUAGAAUACCCUUGAUUGUGAUUUUAAUUAAGUGUUCUAACAUUACGACUAAUGAAAACUACAGGACUCACGGUCACUCCGACAAAUCAGCGACCAGCGAACUAUGGGCCAAUUUUUC